AUGUCUUCAAAAAAAGAAAAGAGCCUCCCUCGUCGAAGCUUGCGAAACAAACCUUCAGCGCCACUUGCAGAGGGCCCUGCAUCAGCACCUCCUCAGCCAGCACCGCCGGUGCUUUCUUCAGUCCUCAAGCUUUCAACUUCACAGCCGCAUUGUGAACCACCUGAAGCGGGUCCAUCGACCACAGGCACGCGGCCCCGAAAGCGCAAGAAGGGCCCGCCUCCACCUACCAGCUCGGCGGGCGGACACGAGACACCGGAACUGCACGAGGAUAUACCCAGUCGACUUGAGAAUUCGGGCGUUUCAGUUGGACCUAAGGCGACCCGAAACCGAUUGUUAGACCUCCUUGAUAAGUAUGUGGACACCAAGAGGCCCAGGCUAGUCCGUAACAACCAAGCCCCAAGGAUUCGAUCGAGUCACGAAGUUAGGUCAAAGCGUCGACAAAACUUGGAACUCAAUACGACUGAACCCUCUCCAGCCAGAAAUCAGGACACUCGCAAAGAAUCUCUGGCUGCUGACCCAGCUCCCCCAGAAGAUUACGACUUCAACAUUCUUGAGUGCCCAGACUUGAUUCAGAUUGUUGAAAAGAUAGGCUUUGAUGGCAGGAGGCUCACCAAAGACAAACUAGUCGAUCUCUGCAAUAAGCAUCGUGAUAAAACUCGCAUACCCCGCCACCAGUUCCGAUUUGAAGUCCAAGCACUUCAAACUUCAUCUCCGCCUCCCACUGGACCCGAGGGUAAAGUGUUUUUAAAUAUUGUUAUUGGUGGGUCAAUAAAACUGAUUAAACUUCUUUCCGCACACGCAGAUGUUGGGCUAUCAUCUCUCAUGCAAUGCUCAACUCCUACUGGUCAGAGUCUUCCACCCAACAUCUCAUCAGUUGGCCAAGCCAAAUCACCGAUCAGCAAAAAAAGAAGCAAGGGUAAAGAAAGAGCAAGAUCGUCCUCGCCUACCCAAUCUUCUGAGCGCAGUACAACCGCACAACCUGCCGAUUUGUCCCAGUUUUUGCAACCUACUGAAGAUGUCCUCAACGAAGAACUUCCUAGUCUAGAACAUCGACGCUUCCGGCACCCUCGCCCUAACCCAACCCACAAAUUAGUUUUGAGCAGUAAAACCAAUCCAACAGAAUCUUCUGACGAUGACUGGCAUCCACCAGACGACGACAAAUCCUCAAGUGACAGUGACGCUGGUGAUAGAUCUGAAGAAUCAAACUCUGAUAAGCAGAGCCCCUCUCCAAAGUCUACUAAAAAAACGCCGGCUAUGUCUCACGUAUCUCCACCGCAGUCUUCCAUGCACGCUCAGUCGCCACCAUCCCCUCAUGUGGGUCAAUCUGAUGCUCCUGGACAGGGUGCUUGCGAGGAAGAACAAAAUGAGCCCGAGUGGCGUACAAAAUAUUAUCAACUGAAACAUUCCCUAGCAGAAACUAAUAGCAAACUUGAAAUCGUUACCCACGACUUGAACGUUCUAUCGGAGGUGGUUAGUCGAAUUUCAGACGUCAAACCAAGCUCGUCGCCUGAGACCAAAACACGGGGUGGAAGAUCCGCGUAUUGGAUGCGUAUACAUGUCGACACUCUUCUAGGUCUUAUCAACUCUGCAGCCAGCCUACCCCCUCCGGCAACCGAAGAAGAGCAAGAGGCUUGGCAAAUUGAAAUUGACCUUGAUAACUUUGAUCCUUGCACUGAAGCAACCCCAUCUACUUCUGACCCAUCUCUUCCGGAAAGCGACGGGCUGAAACAUCCCAAAGCAACAACCCAACAGCUCAUUGUUAUGCGAACUAUGUUGCGAUUUGUGGGGGUCUCACGCUUUUGUCCCAACUUCGCCAAUUCCCCAUCUUCUGCAGAGAACAAAUGGUUAUGGGAUCUCGCAUUCAGAAUCUUCAUCAAGAUAGUCGAGUGCGGCGAAUAUCCUGGUGUGUCACUUGAUGCCAAAAAUCGUAAAUACCUCAAGAAGUUGUUGGAUACACGUGUACGAUCUCUUGUGAAACGGUAUCAGCAAGAGGCUUGGACUGAAGUUCGAAAGAAGCGCGCUGCCAGUGCAGUCCGAAGACGUGCACGGCUGGCUUAUACAAAGAAACUUCGCGACCGUAUAGUACUCUCACAACGGCCACUAUGGCCGCUUUCAGCCGUCAUCCAAGAAGCUUGCAGCGAUGACGAGACAGAUCACGAGGAUUGUGCACACCCCGACAACAUCCAAUCACGAACUCCGUGUCACAUCAGAAAGCCAACUUGGCGCAGCUCUGAGUUGACAAACAUCUUUAUACUUUUGGACGAGUAUAAAGCCCGGCUCGACGUCAGUAUCCCCAAGCCUAGAAAACAGGAAAAUCAAAGCAGUGGGUCAACUCAUGGACGCCCUCCACGACCUCGACUCCGGUGCCCGAAUGGACUGAUUUCCGAUAUUCCUGUUCCCUCUGGUCUCCCAGUAGACUGCUACUCACCGGAUUACCUUGACUCAUUAACACCCUUUGAAAGGAGUGCACUUGAGAUUGAUCGUAAACCUCUCCUUUCAAAUUUGAUCCCUAUUGUAGAGUCACUACAAUGA